GCAGAAAUGUCAGGGGACCGGAAAGCCAAGAGGUGGUGCUCCACACAGAUGAGUGUUCAGAAAAUCUGCUACGUGUGGAGCAUUAGCAACUUUUCAUUUUGCACUGGUGGAAUUUGGAAAAAGAUUUCAAGCCCAGUGUUCUCAUUAGAGGCCAAUAAUGAAGUGGCAUGGUGUUUGACAGUAUACCCAAAUGGGUUUGAUGAAGAAAGCAAAGGUUACCUGUCAGUUUUCCUGGGUUUGCUCAGCUGUCCAGAGAGACCAGUUUGGGCAAAGUUCAAGUUCUGGAUCAUAAAUUCCCAAGGAGCAAAAUAUCAAAGAACAAGGAGCAUGAAAAUCAUUAGCUUUCUGCAAAACCAUCACUGGGGAUUCAAAAAGUUCAUUCUCCAAGAUCUCCUCCUCUCCCAGCAGCAUUUGUUUCUCCCUGAAGACCAGCUCACCAUCUGUUGCAAGGUGAAAAUAGUAAGAGACUUCUUUAGCAACCCUGGAAGGAACAUAACACCUGCAGUCAUGGAUCCUUGGCACAUACUGACAGAUAACCUAAGGGAGCUGUGGGAGAAAUCUCUUUUCACAGACUGUUGCCUGCUGGUGGCUGGCCAUGAGUUCAGGGCUCACAAGGCCAUCUUAGCUGCUCGCUCUCCAGUUUUCAGAGCCAUGUUUGAACAUGAAAUGGAGGAAAGCCUAAUGAAUCAGAUUGAGAUUCAUGACCUGGAUCCCCAAGUCUUCAAGGAGAUGAUGGACUUCAUCUACACUGGGAAGGCACCACACCUCCAUAGCCACUCCAUGGCCAGUUGUUUGCUGGCAGCUGCUGAUGAGUAUGGUCUCGAGGGAUUGAUAGUCAUGUGUGAGGAUGCCCUCUGCAGGAACCUCUCUGUGGAGAAUGUUUCACACACUCUCAUCCUGGCUGACAUCCACAGCAGAGAGGAGCUGAAGGCUCAGGUCCUGGAUUUCAUUUCACUUCAUGCUUCUGAGGUCUCUGAGACCUCAGGGUGGAAGUCAGUGGUGGAAUCACAUCCCCACUUGAUGGCUGAAGCAUUCCUCUCCCUGGCUUCUGCACAGAAUGUUUUCUUAAAGCCUUCACUCAAAUGUCUAAAAUGA